GCAACAAAUGUCCAGCCCAGACUGACAAAAGCCUAAUUAAAAAUCCAUAAAAGAAGAUCAAAGAUAAAAUGGUGCGAAAGGAGAGCCGAGGCUUCUUGACUCCUCCCGCGUGGAGGAGGAGGAGGAGGAGGGAGGAGAAGAGGAGGAGGCGGGGCUCAGAGCACCUAAACAGACGGAGGUCUUUGCAUUGUGCUGUCAGUGGAGCUUGGAGUGCAGUCACGGAGCGGCUCCGCUGGUUCAAACAAACCUCCCAGCGGAGGAAGCAUCGCUUUUGCAGCCGUCCAUCUGUUGGCAGCAGCGGGGCUAAAGAGCGGCGGACUCGUGGCCCUCUAGAGGCCAUCGUGUCGGUGACGGAGGAGGACGUGCUAUGAACUCAUCAUUGGCUUAGAGUAGACCGCACCGAGACCGACCGAGAGGACGCUCGCACCUUCACCUGCAGCCCCGAACGCCGCAGCCAUGCCCGGCUUCGACUACAAGUUCCUGGAGAAGCCGAAGAGGCGCUUCCAGUGUCCGCUCUGCAGCAAGGCCAUGCGGGAGCCGGUGCAGGUCUCCACCUGUGGACACCGCUUCUGUGACACCUGUCUGCAAGAAUUCCUCAGUGAGGGCGUCUUCAAGUGUCCCGAAGAUCAACUCCCAUUAGACUAUGCCAAGAUCUACCCCGACCCAGAGUUGGAGCAGCAGAUCCUGUCUUUGCCCAUCCGCUGCAUUCACAGCGAGGAGGGCUGCCGCUGGACUGGCCAGAUGAAGCAGCUGCAGGGGCACUUCUCCACCUGCGCCUUCAACGUGAUACCGUGUCCCAACCGCUGCUCCGUCAAGCUGACGCGCCGAGACCUGCCUGACCACCUGCAGCACGACUGCCCAAAGCGCAAGGUCAAGUGCGAGUUCUGCGGCAGCGAGUUCACGGGAGAAGCUUUUGAGAACCACCAGGGUGUAUGUCCCCAGGAGAGCGUCUACUGCGAGAACAAGUGUGGGGCGAGGAUGAUGCGUCGCCUGCUGUCCCAGCACGGCAUGGCUGAGUGUCCCAAGCGCACGCAGCCCUGCAAGUACUGUGGCAAAGAGUUCGUCUUUGAUACAAUCCAGAACCAUCAGUUUCACUGCCCUCGCUUUCCUGUCCAGUGCCCAAACCAGUGCGGCACUCCCAACAUCGCCCGGGAGGACCUGGCGAACCACGUGAAGGACAACUGCGGCAGUGCUUUGGUCCUCUGCCCUUUUAAAGAUGCUGGCUGCAAACACAGGUGCCCCAAACUUGCCAUUGGCCGCCACCUCGAGGACACCACCAAGUCUCACCUAACCAUGAUGUGUAACCUGGUGAGCCGCCAGAGACAGGAGAUUUUGGAGCUCAGGAGGGAAAUGGAGGAGCUGUCCGUAAGCCACGAUGGGGUUCUCAUCUGGAAACUAAACGAUUACUCCCGCAAACUCCAGGAGGCGAAGCUUCGAAGCAACCACGAGUUCUUCAGCCCGCCCUUCUACACGCACCGCUACGGCUACAAACUGCAGGUAUCGGCUUUCCUAAACGGCAACGGAAGCGGCGAAGGCUCCCACCUUUCUGUCUACAUCCGUGUGCUCCCGGGGGAGUAUGACAACCUCUUGGAGUGGCCCUUCUCCUACAAGGUGACAUUCUCCAUCCUGGACCAGAGCGACCCAUCGCUUUCCAAACCCCAACAUAUCACAGAGACCUUCAACCCUGACCCCAACUGGAAGAACUUUCAGAAGCCUUGUAGCACCCGAAACUCGUUGGACGAGAGCACCCUGGGCUUUGGGUACCCCAAGUUCAUCUCCCACGAGGAAAUCAAGAAGAGGAACUACAUCCGAGACAACUGCAUCUUCAUCAAGGCUUCUAUAGAGAUUCCCCAAAAAAUAAUGGGUUAGGACCUGACAUUUGUUUUCCUUUGGAGAUGGACAAAGAUGAGUUGAAGGACAGAACUGGUUUACUUCACCUCGAAAAACUUUUACACGUUCACCCUUUAGAUGCUCUUUUGCUUUAUAGCCUCUCCACUACAGAGCUUGAAGCGAGUCUGUUAAGCUGUGCAAGCUGACUCGGAGGACCUAGAUGGAUCACAAAAAGAAAGUGUUUGGUCUGCAGAACCAUCACUCUCUAGUUUUUUUGUUUAGUUUUGUUUUUUACUCUUUAUGUUGUUAUUUGUUUGCUGACCUUUUAUCAUAAUCUGCAACAAAAAGCCUUGGAAAUCAAACAGUGCCUAGCGAGUUUUAUUUUCUGUUUUGCUUUUGUUGUCAUUUUUUUGCAGUACAGAUGUAGACUAUGGAAGAGAUAUACAAAAAGAAAAAUAGUAAGGUGCUUAGAUGCAUUUAGACUAGAAGAAAGACGCUGUUUAGAGAUUACACGCUGUAUCCGGGUAAUCGUAGGAGGCAGCAGAUUCAAGCUCAAACCCCAACUGCCUUUAGUUUACAUGCUCACACAGUACAUUGAUCCCUUAGCAAACAUGCAGUCCCCAGUUAGUACUACUUGCAAAUUUUAUCUUAACACAAACAAAUCAAUGCCUUUGGGGGAGGGACACAGCUGGAAUACCUGUCCGUUUUAGCAGCUUUUAUUUAAGAGUAUGUGAGUGCUGUAACUAUAAAACACCUGCUGGAUAAUUUGUAUAACUUAAAGUGGUUUAAAAAGGGAGCAAGGGGUCAGAAUAUGCUGUUCAUAAACAUUCAAACAGCUGUGAAUUUACAAACCCUAACAAUGAGUUACACUCUGAGCUGUUUGCCCUGCUUUGUGCUUUUGCUAUAAGCUGAGCGAACCAGCUAACAAAUAUCCUAACAUUACACAAUGCUAACCAGUAAACUUUUAAAAACCUAGCUAAACAAAAACAGUAAAUCAGGCUGCUCUUUCUUUGAAAACAUUCCGCGUCAACAUUUAGCCUGCAGGUCAGCCAUAGAAUGAAGAGAUUUAUUUGUUUGUGAGGAGUGUCAAAAGUUUCUUAAGGGUCUUCUGUGUUCUUUACAGUCAUCCUAAAAUGCUUUAUUAAGCUUUAUGGGAAGCCGAGGCAAGAAAAGAAAUCGCACCCUUUCAGGCGAGCCAAACAGACGAGCCAGUUGUGAAGAACAGGUGCAUUCAACAGUGAAGGAAAAGCCAUGUGGCCUUUUUAUACAGUAUAUCUUCUUUUGAGGGUUUCAAGGGUGAGCAGGUAACAAAAACAUGCAUGUGAAACCACCUUUUACCUAAACCUGUAUUCUUGAAAUUCCAAUGACAUUUUUUGUGUUUUUAUCAUUGUUGUUUUAAAAUUGACAGAUUGUCAAGGAGAACAGUUUUUUUUAUGUACUUAAAAGUGAAUUAUACUCACAAUACAUCUCUAAAGACUUAAUAUCUGGGUACUGUUUUACGUAUCCGGCAAUGGUGGAUGGUGUUUUGAGGCUGACUUCUGCACAUCCUGUAGGCUUCUGUGACUUGGUUACCAUGGUCACUGAUGACAGUCUUCACCGGGAUGAUGAAUGAGGAGUGCAGUGGACUCUGAUGAUACACUUCAUUCAUAAUGUAUGUGAAUAGUGAUGUAAAAAAAAAAAGCGGAAAAAACAUUAAAGCACAUUCUGUCUUUUUACUAUCACACUUGGGGAAAAGUUUCUGAUUUCUUGUCAUAAUACCAGCUGAUAUUUUACAGUAAUUGAAAGAAACAAGAAAAUGAAAAGUUUUUGUAAUAUUCUGUAUUUUUAAAAAUGCUCAACUGUUUUAUACAAACUCUUAUCUUUGGAGAGUCGGGGUUGACUCAGAGUUUUCAGACCUUUUUGUCUCUUGGACAUUUGGAUAAUUUGUUUGUCCGUGUGGUUUGAGUCUCGCAUAUUCUGUCUGUAUUAUUUACUCUAUAAAGUAUUUAUUUUAAGUUGCCAUCAUGUGAGUUUGCCCUGAUGGUACAAAUGUUUAUUGAUUGAGUGCUUGUCAGUUUCUUAACUGAAAUAAAAUGCAUUAUAAUAUA